AUGCUUACCCACUUCCUCGCAGCAGCGGCACUCCUGUCGCAGGCUCUGGCAGGUCCAGUCCCCAACCGCGUCGACAAGCGUGCCGCCGAUGUACCUACCCAAACUCCAAUCGGCCCCGCGGGAUCGAGCGGCCAGCUGCGCGGCUCCAAGUCCCUCGCUGGCUACGACUCUGCAAAUCCAGUAGACUACGAAGACUCCACCGUCAUCCCACAAGACGAGUUCGAGCUCGCGUCAGCCCAGAAGCAAGAUCCGGAUUUAGGCCUCUACCUGGACCUUGCUGAUGUCGAGAAUCCGCAACCCAUCCGCGGAGGCAGCCAAGCGCCUACAGAUCCCGGUCCACGAGAUCGAGAGAUCGAGCGUCAGAACCCUGAUCUCUAUGCUCCUCCUGGUACAGACAUGGGCGGUCUGCCGAAUGCAAAGUGGCCAAUGGGUCUUUCGCACAACCGACAUGGUCUGAAGAACAGCGGGUAUACGAGACAGCAGAACACCGACGAACUGCCCGUGGCCAAGGCGAUGGCGGGUGUGGACAUGCGGCUUGAGCCGAAUGCAUAUCGGGAGUUGCACUGGCAUUCUGCGAAUGAGUGGUCCUACAUCAUGAACGGUUCCGUUCGCGUUCAAGCGAUGGACGAAGCUGGCCGUGUCUUCGUCGAUGACCUCCAAGCCGGCGACGUCUGGUUCUUCCCCUCCGGCAAGCCGCACAGCAUCCAAGCCUUGGAGUCCGGUGUCGAGUUCCUGCUCGUCUUCGACGAGGGAGACUUCAGCGAGGACGCAACCUUCCUAGUCAGCGAGCUCUUCCAGCGCAACCCCAAGUCCGUCCUCGCGAAGGACUUGCGGGUGAACACAAGCGCUUUCGAUAACAUCCCUGAAGGCGAGCUGUACAUCUUCCCCGGCACGCCAGCCCCGAAGAACAUCUCCGAGCAGAACAGCACUGGUCCAGCUGGCAUCAUCCCGAAGGCGAAUACUUACUCCUACCACCUGAGCCAACAGCAAGCCUACGAAGUCCCAGGCGGAAGCGUCAAGAUCAUCGAUCCCGUUACGUUCCCUUCGGCGUACAACUUCGCAUCCGCGCUGUUCACCAUCAAGCCUGGCGCCAUGCGUGAACUGCACUGGCAUACGACUUCCGAUGAGUGGAGCUUUUUCUUGGCUGGCCAGGGUCGUUUGACGGUGUACAUGGCGCCAGACAGCGGACAGACAUUUGAUUUCCAGGCGGGUGAUGUUGGAUAUGUGCCCGUGCCCAACGCGCAUUAUAUCGAGAAUACAGGGACGGAGGAUCUGGUGUAUCUUGAGGUUCUUCAAGCGGACGUCUACAACGACAUCUCCGUCGCACAGUGGCUGGGCUUGACACCGAAGCAGGUUGUUCAGGAUCAUCUUGGCUUCUCCGAGGAUACGCUGAAUCGGCUACCGAAAAUCAAGCCGUUCAUCAUGCCUGGAGAUGAGGAUUUGUUGCAGACCGACUUCCGGGAGGAGAGGGAGUGA